AUGCCCUUUGUAAAAAGUGUUUGGUACAUGAGUCCAGCCAACGCUCAGAUCGCCCUUGUUUGCAACUACAGUCUUCCUCAUCCUGCCAGUCUCAGGCGACCACCAAGGUCUCCCUCGUCCACCGAUAGAAGGCCCCGUGCCACUGAUGCACGCUACUCCAUCGUAAACUCUCGACCAGCCGCUACCAAAAAAAAGCUCAACCCCGCCAUCUCAGAUGCUCCCCAAGCGCCAUACGCCCAAACGGGGACAGCCAAGCCAACGCCGAACCGACCCCGAGGCCCAAGCCGCCCGAGCAAAGUCCACGACGGAUCGCACCGCGCGGGUACCGACCUCUCCGACAACCACGGCCACAACGUAACGUCGACCCUUCACCAAACGCGAACGACACCCCCCCCGGCGUUGGCAGAGAUAGCCGCCUCGCGCGACGAAUUUCGACACCCCACUUCGGAAAGACACGGACGGGAGUUGCUCGGUAGAUGGGACACCCGGCGGUAG